AUGUCCAUAGUAACAUACCUCCAGGCGGCGAUCGGCAUCCCGCUCUUCUACUUCCUCGUCCUCCCAAAGAUCCUGGCUGUCCUCCCCCAAAAGGCCCAAUUCCUCGCAAAAUGCACUGUCGUCCUAAUCUCCACCCUGAUCAUGUCCGUCGCAGGCUGCUUCAUUUCCAUCGCCUGUGCGCUCGUCAAUAAGCGCUACAUCAUCAACUAUGUCGUCUCGAGAUUCUUCGGCAUUCUUGCUGCCGGACCGUGCGGUGUCACCUACAAGAUCGUGGGCGAGGAGAAGCUUGAUAACUACCCUGCUAUUGUUGUCUGUAACCACCAAUCUUCGAUGGAUAUGAUGGUCCUCGGAGCUGUCUUCCCCAAGCACUGCGUCGUCAUGGCCAAGAAGGAGCUCCUUUACUUUCCAUUCCUCGGUAUCUUUAUGAAGCUGAGCAAUGCCAUCUUCAUUGAUCGCAAGAACCAUAAGAAGGCUAUCGAGUCCACCACCCAUGCUAUCGCCGACAUGAAGAAGCACAACUCUGGAAUCUGGAUCUUCCCUGAGGGAACUCGCUCUCGUCUGGACAAGGCUGACCUCCUCCCCUUCAAGAAGGGUGCCUUCCACCUCGCCAUCCAAGCUCAGCUUCCCAUCCUCCCCAUCAUUUCCGAGGGCUACUCUCACAUCUACGACUCGUCCAAGCGCUCAUUCCCUGGUGGAGAGCUCGAGAUCCGUGUCCUGGACCCUAUCCCCACCACAGGAUUGACUGCUGAUGAUGUGAACGACCUCAUGGAGAAGACCCGCGACUUGAUGUUGAAGCACCUCAAGGAGAUGGACCGCACAUCACCUUCUUCUUCGCCAGCAACGAGUCCAGCGGCAGCAACUGUCGGCAAGACGACGGCGACAGCACCUCAGGACGAGGCUUCUGUCAAGAAGAGGAGGACACUCAAGGAUUAA